ACUCGACCAUCAUUGACGAGACCAGAUAAUAAAACUUUAAUUUAUACACGCAACCUACAUCGUAAAAUUUUUAAUUCAAUUGAGAAAAGUUUGCAGAAAAGCCAGUCAGUUGAUUUCGAGCCAUCGUGUGAUAAACUUCGUUCCUUCAGAAAACUUCAGUAAAAUGCUAAAAAACAUCAUCCAAAAACCGGGUGCAUCCCAAAUCGUCACUCGCAAAUACCAAAAUGCCAUUGCGACAAAAUUGUCUUCGAACGACGGUCAAUAUCGCGAAGAAAAACUCUCGUUACCGCACAACAUCGACCCGAACGAAUCGAAUCGCUUCUCGACGCAACGUUCACGCGAACUAAAUUCGAGUUCGAUGCUCUUCCAUCACAGCAAUUUCAUCGGAGGCAAGCAAAAUUUGGAUAUCACGCUCGAUAAUUCGUCGAAAGCUGCCGAUCCGCACGUCAAAUUCUACGAUUCGCAUAACGCCGUGUCGCUAAAUGCCGUGAUGCAGUCGAAUGUGCCGCAACCGUUCGGGGGUUUGCACAAUUACGCGAUUGCGCCUGCCAUGCCCGGCGGAAGUGUCAUGUCUUUGGACAAAUAUCAAGCGGGUUACAUGCAAGGCACGCACUACACGACACUUCGUCAGGAAUUUCGACGAAAUUGGCAUCGCUCCGACGGAGAUUCAGGUAAAAUUUACGGAUUAUUGCAAAAAAUGAAGGCACUGCAACCCGUAAAUGUCCGAAAUUUUUCUAGCCAAAGCAAAGUAAAGCCCAAAACUGAUGAAGGAAACGUUGCCGCUGCGGAAAAGUCACACGAGGACGAUGAUAAAAAACCACUCUCGAAACGCGAUCAGCUAAAAAGAGCCGUCAAGGAAUACGGAUCGACUGUGAUUAUCUUCCAUAUUGGCAUUUCGCUCGCGAGCUUGGGCGGUUUUUAUCUCCUCGUCUCGAGUGGCUUGGAUGUAGCUGCGCUCAUGGAUAAAUUAGGCGUUUCGGCUGACGUUAGCGGGAAAGUUAUGCAAGGCGCGAGCACUUUUGUCGUCGCCUAUGCCAUUCACAAAUUAUUUGCGCCACUUCGCAUUUCCAUAACAUUAUUUAGCACACCAUUUAUCGUUCGAUAUUUGCGAUUAAAAGGCAUCUUGAAGCCGCCUAAAAAGUAAAAUUGGCCUUAUUUUCGAUUUUUUUUACUUAAAAAAACACGAAAUUUCUAGAUAUUAGUAAAUAAAAACAAAAAUAAACAACAAACCGGUUAGUUUU